GCAUGUGUAAAAAAAAGCACUCUCUUGAGCUGCCGUAGUAACAUAUGCAGCGAGAGCAAAAUCGCUUAGAAAAAUGUUUAACAUCAAGAAUAUCUGUUGUAUAGGAGCAGGAUAUGUCGGGGGACCGUCAUGUAGUGUUAUUGCACUUAAAUGUCCGCGAAUCAAAGUCACUGUAGUUGAUUUGAGCCAGCAUAGAAUCGAUGCUUGGAACUCCGACAACCUACCGAUCUUUGAGCCUGGUUUGAGUGAAGUUGUCAGAGAAUGUCGUGGUCGCAAUCUGUUCUUCUCCACCGACAUAGAUACUGCUAUCAAAGAUGCUGAUUUGAUUUUCAUUUGUGUAAAUACUCCAACAAAAACUUAUGGUCUUGGCAAGGGUAGGGCACCAGACUUAAAAUAUAUAGAGUCGGCUGCAAGGCACAUUGCAGAUGUAGCAGAGGGUGGGAAAAUAAUUGUGGAGAAGAGCACUGUUCCUGUACGGGCCGCAGAGAGCAUCACAAGAAUUCUCAGUGCAAAUGCAGACAAGAAGUUUCAGGUGUUAUCAAAUCCAGAAUUCUUGGCGGAAGGAACAGCAAUCAAAGAUUUGAUGGAGCCUGACAGAGUAUUGAUUGGUGGAGAGCAGACCAAGGAGGGUUUGCUAUCCAUAGAUGCUCUUGCCUGGGUAUAUCAGCACUGGAUUCCAAGAGACAAAAUUAUAAAGACUAACACUUGGUCUUCAGAACUAUCAAAACUAGCAGCCAAUGCAUUCUUGGCUCAACGUAUCUCAAGUAUCAACUCAAUGAGUGCAAUUUGUGAGGCAACUGGUGCAGAUGUCUCUGAAGUAGCCCAUGCAAUUGGAAUGGACUCUAGAAUUGGUAGCCAGUUCUUACAAGCAUCUGUAGGGUUUGGCGGUAGCUGCUUUCAGAAAGAUGUGUUGAAUCUCGUGUACCUUUGUGAAGCCUUGAAUCUUCCUGAGGUUGCUAACUACUGGUACCAAGUUAUCUCAAUGAAUGAGUACCAAAGGCGACGAUUCACCAACCGCAUCAUCAACUGCUUAUUCAAUACUGUCUCUGACAAGAAAAUAGCAAUCAUGGGUUUUGCAUUUAAGAAGAACACUGGUGAUACAAGGGAGUCAGCCAGUAUCUACGUUUGCAAAUACCUGCUUGAUGAAGGUGCAAAGCUCACCAUCUAUGACCCAAAAGUGGAAAAGGACCAGAUCAAGCUGGAACUAGAACACCCUGCAAUUACAGGUGAUGCGCAAAAAGUGGAUCGCCUGGUGACGAUUGAGCAUGAUCCAUAUAAGGCUGUAGAAGGAGCUCAUGCAAUUGUUAUUUGCACAGAAUGGGACGAGUUUAAGACCUAUGACUACCAAAAAAUCCAUGACAGUAUGCUGAAGCCAGCAUUUGUAUUUGACGGACGGAUGAUUCUUGAUCACCAUCAUCUACAUGAUGUUGGUUUUCAGGUAGAAACUAUAGGGAAGGUAGUGUCAUCUGGGUACGUCCUUCCCCUCACCCCUCCCCUUCCGCCAUGCAGUGACUAGACGCUCCUGUCAUGGCGGAUGGACAUGGAUGGACAUGAAGUACUUCAUUUAAAUGUUAUGGUGGCACUAUGAGAAUCCAUCCACUUAAUGAAAAUCACGGUCCCUGUUAGCUAUAUGAAUAUUUAUAAACACAUUUAUUAGAAAACCACAGUGUUCCAAACCUGAAUUCUUCUUUAGCUUCUCUUAUUUGACUGUAACCCUAUUUGUCAAAGUUGGAGAAGGUUGGGACACUGAUUACUGUAGUAUGUAUAGCCUUUUAUUUGUAGGGGUUGAAUGGUUUUAAUAUUUUAUCCACACCAGGCAGAGCGGAUAAUCUUUUAGACAUGGCUAACUAAGAAUAAUCCUUAUCAACCGUACGUAAAAAAAUUUGUUCUAUUUAGGGGAAAUUAGGUUGGGCAGUUGAAGGCUUGGAAUCACAAAACCGUCAGAAAAUGAGAACCAGGGAAAAACAAUAAAAAAGCAGUACGUAAUCGUGGAAAUCAGUUACACGUAUUCAGUCACAUCUAGAGAAAGAUCAGCUAUUAAUAUCAAAGGGUCGCCAUUUUGCCAUCCUUGCAAAAUACCAACUGUGAAGAAGAUGCCAUUUCCAUUAUUUUUGGAUUCUCUUGCUAUGGUUGCGAAGGAUCCCGUAGCAUAAAUUAACUCUCUAUGUUUAUAAUAGCCAAAAUAGAUGGAGUUUCAAGCUUCUCAUUUUAUGGCUAUACGCGAAGCGGUAUACAGGUAUUUAUUUUUAGACAACUUCAAACAUCUACAGAUAGUUUUUAUAAACUGAUAUUCAAAGCUUUUAAUAGAAUAUUGUAUGUUGGUUAUUUAUUGAGAUAAUAAACAAAACGACGAAA